AUGACGUUUGCCUGCUCCGAUGUGGAGGCACACAAGGAUGCCUGCUACGUCAUACAGCUGGGCAUCAACAGCGCGCUGGGCUCAGACCACGCGCCCAAGGUGCGCGCCCUGUUCCACUCCUUCCUGGAGUCCUUCUUCGAGCUGCCCUGCAGCUGCGAGGCGGCGGAGGAGCGGCGGCGCGCGCAGCCGAGCCGCGAGCCCGUGCCGCUGCUGGCGCGGCGCGGCCGCCGCCCCAAGGCCGCCGCCAGCGAGCCGACCUCUGUGGAGGCGGGCGGCGCGGGCGGCGAGGGCAUGGACGUGGACGGGCAGGAGGCGUCGGCGGGCAAGCUGCAGGCCAACGCUCCGCAGGAGACCAACACCGAGGCGGAGAGCACCGACGACGACGAGGAGCCGGGGGUGACGUCGCAUGAGCCCUCCGCUUUCACCGAGGAGGACGAGGACGAGUCCGCCUUUGUCAACUGCCGCCCGCUGGUGCCGCUGGUGCCCGGCGGCGCGCCGGCCGCGGCCGCGCCGCCCCCCGCCGACGGCGCCGCCUCCCACUGCGGCCUGCUGUACGGCAACGAGCCGCUGUUUGUGCUGCUGCGCCUGCACCAGUUUGUGUACGAGCGCAUGCGGGCGGCGCGCUCCUGCGCGCUGCAGAAGGCCUGCUCCAUCUCCUUCUCCACCCUGGGCGGCGAGCAGCAGCAGCCGGUGCCCGCCUGGAACGACGCCUCCCAGGCCGUGCACAGCCAGUUCCUGGAGCUGGCCACCGCGCUGAUAGAGGGGGCGCAUGGACAGCUCAGCAUACGAGGACGACGUCACGACGCCGUGUACCACGCCAACGCGCAUGUGCUGCUGCAGGGCGACGCCUGCUUCCGCUUUGAGCACCUGCCCGACCGCUCGCUGACCGUGCAGCUGCUGGAUGCGGACAAGAUGGACGCGCCGCCAGGCAUCCUCGACCCCGCCUUCCACGACUAUGUGGCGGCCUUCAUCGACAGCAGCCAGGCGCCGGCAGCCUCGGCGGCGCCGCCGGCGGAGGAGGAGGAGGAGGCGGGCACCAAGGUGUGCCUGGCGCGCAACCUGCCGGCGGCGGGCGGGCUGGAGGCGGCGGCGGCGGCCGUGUACGAUGACGUGCGCAUGGUCAACGGCCUCGAGUGCAAGCUGUCCAACAUGCAGCAGAAGAUCAAAAAGAUUGCCUACGUGCUGGGCACCGAGGACUUCUUCCAUCGCAAGCGGGGGAAGAAGGCGGGCAUGGACAAGGCGGCGCGGCAGCAGCGGUUCAGCGACUGGAUCAGCAAGCAGGCGCCGGCGCUGGCGGCGGUGUACGUCCCCCUCCAGUAUGACCUUGGCGCCUGGCCACUGGAGGCUGGCGACGCACUGGUGUGUCAGAUAUGGGAGUGCGACGGCGGGGAGGGGUGCGACCCCGCCAAGCCCACGGUGCUGCCAGCCGCUAGCGAUGACUUCAUCGGGGCCGCCACCCUGGCCAUGUCUGAUUACAGGAACAGCUCCUAUGCGCAGCUGGACCUGCAGCGCAACGGCACGCAGACUGCCAGCGUGCAGCUGGAGUGCAGCGCGUGCAACGCGCUCCGCCUCUCCACCACCGUCGCCACCCCCAACAACCGCUGCCUCUCCGCCACCUCCAACUCCGCCCCCAACCGUGGCGCAACCAAAUCGGCCGCCUCCACCAUCCCCGCCUCCACCAGCCGUGCCAGCGGCCAGCCCGCCCAGCCGUCGCCCGCCGCCGCCGCCUCCUCCACCGCCGCCUCCGCUCCCACUGGCGCUCACUCCGGCACCAGCGCCUGCUCCAGAGGUGCCCCAGCGGAGGCGCCCAGCAUGCAGUGGCUCAGCCCGCUCACAGCGCCGCCAGACCAAGCGCUGGCCUCCCAGGCACCAGAUCCCCCUCCAAGUCCGGCAGCCAAGGGCAAUUCCGCAGCCCUGAUUGGAGGGGUGGCGGCGGGCGCUGUGCUCGUGGCUGUGCUGCUGGGAGUGCUGGUGGUGCGUGGCUGGAGGCGGCGGCACAGGCGGCGCCAGGCCGCACAGGCUGCAGCUGGAGAGGAUAGAGAGGGAGAGCAGCUGGAAGGCGCCCUCCACAUUCCGACCAUCAGGGCGGACAAGCCGGCCAAGGCGGCCGCCGCAAUGAAGGCGCUCAGGGCGCCGGUGGCACUGGUGGCCACGCCCUGGCGGCCUGCAGAGUAG